CCUGGUUGGGUUGUCCGGCGGCGGGAUGGACCAACACAGUAGUUCGGGCAAACGCAUUCGUAAGCCCUCCCUGCUGUACGAAGACUUUGAGAGCCCGUCUUUGCCGCACACGAUGCCUCAGGGUCCUCCUCCCCCACCACAGCCCCCGGUGAAGGAUCCCAGCCGGCCGAGCCGCAUGACCAACCAGCUGCAGUUUCUCCAGAAGACCCUGAUGAAGUCACUGUGGAGGCAUCAGUUUGCCUGGCCUUUCCACGAGCCUGUGGAUGCCUACAGGCUUAGCCUGCCGGAUUACCAUAAAAUUAUCAAACAACCCAUGGAUAUGGGGACCAUCAAGAAGCGCCUGGAGAACAAUUACUAUCGCAGUGCAAGUGAGUGCAUACAGGACUUCAACACAAUGUUCACCAACUGCUACAUCUACAACAAGGUAGGUUAUAAGGUAAAAAAAAACAGAUUACAUAUCAUGUGA